CAAAUUCUCUGUGUCGUCGAUCGAGGAACUUCUGCCGUCCGACUUUUAUGUGCCGACGUCACGUUACCGUGUUCCGAACUCGAGCGAAGGACCCUUCCUAAUCUCCGUCAGCAGAGGACAUCUCUGUGCUCACGGCCUCCCCUGCUCCGUUUGCACGCGCGCGCGGCAGCCGCUCGGAAUGGUGGAUACCCGUUCGAUAGGCGCUCCUCCAAACUGGCGAGAAUGUCGAAUUUGAGUUUACGUACGUGGAGGAGGAGGAGGAGGAGGGUGGUUCAGUACAGUACAUGUAGACGGCGCAGGGACGAGAGAGGAUCUGUGUCCGGGAUGCGAUAAUCUGCUCUCUUUAUGACAAGAGAGAUCGUCUUCGCCCUCUUGGCUUCGCCGUCACGCUGUGAUUGUUUGUGCGUAGGUCCCACCAUAGUUCACUCUUGUCGCCAUAUCUGUUUGGCGCGAACGGCAGUGCAAACAGAGACCGGGGUGUGGAUUUGUGCUUGGCUAGCUAGCUGGAAGAAAUUCGAAGACGAGUGGAACCGAACUCGAUGGCAUGAAGUGCUUGCUGGCUGAAGGAAAUGUAUGUGCGCCUUGUAGUCCAUGAGUACACGGUCCCUCCGUCAUCACUUCGCUCGACCGAAGUACGAUUGCCUUGUCAGCUUUGACAGUUCAUCGAAAGAGGAGACGAUGGCCGAAUCAGCUGAAAUUGAAACGCGGCUUUCGGGCGUUCGGCCUAUCUAGCUGCAGUCCUCUACCGCGAACGAGCGGAGAGUGCGACCGACAGUUUCGAUCCAGGGACGAUGAGCUAAUUGAAAGAAAGGACGGAGUGAAGGACCUUCGGGAGCUGAAUUGUGCAAGCGUCACCUCAACUGAAGCGUGUUCGUUCAACCGAGUAAGUUAUGGAGGACGAGGAUGACGUGCACAACGAAUAUUCGGAUGAUGACAUUGAAACUAUUGAAGAAGAGUCUUUCAAACUUCUGGAGAGUAAAAAAGUUGUUGUUGAAAAUGAAGAUGGCACAUUCCGUUGUCCAUAUAGCCCCAGCAGGAAGAAGCAGUCCUACCCUUUCAAAGACCUACUUCAACAUGCCGAAGGUGUAGCGAAAGGGAAAAGGGGAGCUGAAGCUGUGGGUCAGCACAGAGCCCUUGUGAAUUAUAUGAAGAAAAACCUAUCUGCCAAGGCUAGCGUACCUGUGGAACGUGUCCACAAAUUGGAAUUGGCUGCACCUCAAAGGGAGGGUGAUAAGGAUUUGCUAGUCUGUCCCUGGUCUGGAGUAGUUUACAACAUGGACAACUCCCAGCUCAGUGAAUCUGGGCAAAGAGUUGGUCCAGGCGUUUCGGAGAUUAAAAAGCACUUCGAAGUGUUUAGCCCUGAGAAAGCCAUUGUGUGUUGGGGCCCCAAGGGACACAUGGGUCUUGGAGUCUUGAUUUUCCGCAGAGAUCUGGAAGGUCUCAAAGAUGCGCAAGCUUUUGAAAAAUGGUUCAUCGAGAAUGGACAGGGUCGAAGGGACUGGGAGCAACGCAAUCGAACUGGUAGUCUGGGGAAUCAGCUCUAUGGAUGGCUUGCGCGCAAGCAGGAUUACGAAGGGAGGCAUGAGAUUAAAGGCGACUGGUCAGUUAGUAAAAUACUCAAAGAGUCGGGGGAUUUGACCGAUAUUGCUAUGAUAGGGCAAGAGAUGAACAGAAUGCAUGAGCAGAGAUUUCAAAACCUCAAAGAAACUGUAUAUGCCAAAAACGAGGAGUUUGAAGUACUGUUGCAUGAAGUGGAAGUUGCUCGGCGGAGGGCCGAGGAUAUCAAGCUACAACUCGAAGAAAAGCACAAGAAAGAACUGGAAAGAGUUAAAAAGCUUGCUCAAGAAUCUGCUUUGGAUCAUGCCAGAGUAAUGCAGGAAAAUAGUAACAAACUGCAGAAAAGUAUGAAUAUCUUAAAGAGGAAAUGCCAAGAAUUGGAGGAGAAGGAACAAAGGAACCAGGUUGACAAGAGUCGUCUGGAGCAAGAGAAAAAAGAGAACCAACAGCAUCUUGACAUAAUCAAUCACCAGUCGGAACUGCAAAAGAAACAUCACGCUGAUCAAGUGAAGCUUAUCAAGAAACACGAGGAGGAGAGCAACAAACUUGCACAGCUUAUACAAACUAUGAAGCUGCGACUUGCUACAAAACAACAGAGAGAAAUUGAAACUCAGAGGCUUGGAGAGAUGAAAGAUUCUAAGAAAUUCGCUGAGCUUGUAGAAAAUUUUGAUUUUGAGUUUGUUGGUAAGAAUGUUAAAGAGUUGGAGGACAAGAUAAAGGAAGUGGAGAAGAAAAAUGCUGAUUUGGAAGAGCAUCAACGAUCUCUCAACGAAGAUUUGGAGGCACAAGAUUCGACUCUUCAAACCUUGACUGUUAAGGAGAGGAUCGCGAAUUCUGAGCUUGAGGAGGCACGUAAUCUUGGAAUCCAGGCAAUGCAGAAAUUUGGAAGCCAGCAAGGAAUAUUUGUGAAGAGAAUGGGUGAAAUUAACAGUGAGCCUUGGAGGCGAGAAUGUAAAGUACGUUACAAGAAAGAGAAGGAUGGAUGGGAAACGAUUUUCGGAACCAAAUUUUCUGAAUGGGAAGAAAAAGUCAAGAAUCCUGAUUUCCACGCCUUUAAGAUCGUGAAAGAUGGAAAUGAAGAUGACGACAAAUGGAAGCGUGUAUUAGAUGAGACCAACCCGGAUCUGCUUGCACUGAAGGAGGAGCUUGGGGAAGAGGUUAAGCAGACUGUUGUGACCGCGCUUGAGGAGAUUGAAGAAUGGAAUCCGAGUGGUCGGUAUCCCAAGGCCGUAGUCUGGAACUAUGAGGAAAAUAGAAGAGCUACUGUGUCUGAGAUUUUCAAGGUCCUCUUAGCGGCAGCAGAGAGCAGCAAGAAGAAAACUGUGGCCAAAAGGAGACGGUUAGUAGAAGGUUGAUGUUGAUUAGCGUCCAUGCAAUGGCAGCAACAUUUUUUACUUCCAGUCUCUAUUCACUGUGUUCAACGAGCUUCGCAAUACCCUUAUUUUGCGAAUCAAGCAGGUGUUGUUCAUGAAUCAUCGGCGUUAGAUUGCUAGAUGGAAUGCAGGUACACCUGGUAAGGUGUCUAGUGGCCGCCGAAUUGGGUGGAUACUGUUCUUGUACAGUCGUGGCUAUCAGUGAGGAAACUAUUUUCAGACAAAGAAGACAUGUCCAUCUCUGUAAUCUCUUCCGCUUAUAACAACCCGGUUUCACGCUUUCGGUGCCCACAUCUUCAACAUUUCUAUCAGCCUCCAACUCUGGUCCCAAGCUCAAUAGUUCCGCCUUGAUGAAAGCAUUUUCGAUCGGGCUUGGUAAUACUGAAUCCGGCGCUUCUUUCACAUAUCUUUCAGCAUCUAGCACGUGCGUUGGGUGUCUGUAUAAGGCCCCUUCAGCAUCUCGUCACAAUCUUCGCCCUUGAUUUUUGUUUGGAGUUUUUGGCUAUCAAAGAGGUAGAGGUAUUUGUAUCACUUUUUU